AUGGAGCAUCAAGGAGGUUUUCUCAAGCUAUCUUUCAUGAUAGUCAUCCUAGUAACCUUCUCAUCAUUUCUUUCUCCAUUUAUAGCAGAAGCAAGACAAAAGCACGUACACCAUCACAGCAAUGAUUUCCACCACCGUGUGAAGUCUUCUCCAUUGCCGCCGCCACCACCGCUUACACCAACAACAGCACCGGCAUCAGCACCUAAUGUCGGUGUAGCACCAUUUCCAUCAUCUGCGUCACCACUAUCAACUUAUCCUGAUCCACCAUUGUCUGCACCAUCUUCGUCUCCACGAACAGUUGAUGCUACAAUAACAUCACCACCACCACCACCACCACCGCCUACACAUGAGGGUGUUAUAACACCACCACCGCCUACGGAUGAUGUUAUAAUGGAACAUACUUAUACUAUGUCACCUCCGCCUACAGAUGAUGAUGCUAUAACACCACCACCACCACCACCACCACCACCAUUUGAUCCUUAUAUUGGACCACCUCCGUCUACAGAUGGUGAUGAAAUAACACCACCUACUCCGCCUACAGUAGAACUUUCAACACCAUGGGCACCUUCGCCGUUUUAUUGGCAAGGGAUAGGGUUUCCAGCACCAGAACCACCAUCAAUCCCAGCAUAUAAACCUCAUGGUUGUCACUACCCCUGUGCUGAUUCAAACGACUGUGAUUGGCCCUGUACAGCCUGUUGCUGGAAUAAUACUUGUUGCUACGACUGGCCGGAACUACCGUAUGAAUAA